UCUGCCAAUGCCAAACAUUACCUUCCAUUUUCAUUUUUGUGUGCCUUAGAAGAAGGUUAUUUUUCUGAUCUUAGGAUUAUUGCAAAUAAUGGAAAGGAGUUUAAAGUGCACAAAAUAGUUUUAAAAUUGGGAAAUCCAGAAAUCAAUUGGGAUGCGUCUCCUGGGCCUCUUGAUAAUUUAUCAGAAGAUGUCUUGUUUACCAUCUUGCAUUAUUUGUAUUCUGAAUGUUUACCAUGUGAUCUGAAAGAAGAGACUGCUAGAAAUUGUGUAGCUUUUACCCCUUGUUUACCAGGAUUUGAAUCAUUUCGAAACCUAUGUCAGCUUUUCCUCAAAAAUUCUGCUCUCAAACAACAAAUAAUUUCAUUAGUGACAGAUAUGCAUUCCUGUGCCAAUCUUAUUAUUGACUACUUUAGUGGGAAAAUGAGUGGUCAAGAAUCCCCUUCUAAUGUAGAACCUAAUGGUCCCUUAACUAAUGGUACUACAGAACCUGACAAUCUUAUGGACCCUGCCAAAUUAUGUUAUGUGAUUAGACAAGCUCUGCGAGAAAGUGCAAUUGCUGGAGUAAAAAUGCUUAUUUUAUGUGACCUGUUUUCAAAAAGAAAGAAUGAAUUGUCUCGAGAUGAGAGACAUGAAAUAAUUAAGUACUGCAAAUCUAGAUUGCCAAUUUUUAUGAAUCAGUUGUACAGGUUGUUAGAUGUCAUAAAAAUAUCUUUUAGUAACCUAUCGGCUAUUGAGCGAAUGGAAAUCGCUUCUUAUUUUGUUCCUGAAAUUGAAGACACUUUAGACUCCAUGUUUAAGUUUGUCACAGAAACAAAAUCUGCACUGGAACAAAUCAUCAGUAUUUCUAGCAGCAAUAAUAGUGAUAAAAACUUUUCCUCGUUUGCAGACAGAUGGAAAAAAGGAAGUGUUGGUGAAGCUUUAGGAAAAUCUCUUAAAAAUGCUUUACACAUGAGAGAAUUGAUGAAAUUAAGAAGUUUUCAUGAAAGGGUCACUGUGAGCUUUUUGACCCUCAUGCACAAAAAAGAAAGCUUCAGUGAAAUGAACUUAGUAAAUAAAAAUAGGUCUGUAGCUAAAAAUUUGGAGCAGCUAAUUGAUGAGAUUCCAAUGUUUAUGUUACGGAUUGAAGAACUGAAAUCAGCAUUAGAUGAAAAGCUGACAUGGAAAGAGUGGAAGUAUUUAUUCAAAUUAGGAACAUCAAAAGUAGCGUGGGUUUUGAGUCGUUUAGUUUGCCACCGAGGUACUCUUCAGAAAAUGAUAACUUAUCUUUGUGACAUUGUAAAUAGGGAACAGUUCACUAAAAGUUUAGUUCAACUUGGGUUAUUGGAUCCCCCAGCCUCAUCAACAGCUUCCACAUCUACUGGAGUUCAAUCCCAGCUUCAAAACAAAAGUUCUGAUUCAUCUAGCAAUUCCAUUUGUAGUCCCACUAGCCCUGUUACUAUUUCUCAGUUUUGUUUAGUUGAAUCCUUAUGUCAUCCUCCAAUUUCUACAGAUAGCAAUUUAGCAAAAAAUGCAGUGCUGCUAUUGAAAAGUGGUUUGGACACUGACAUGAGUUUUGAAAUUGUAACUGCUCAAGAUUCUAGUGAAAAUGCUUCUAACUUAGCUGAAGCUUCAAGUGGUGCAGAAUCAGUGCCUGAAGAAGAUGUGCAUUGUCCUAUAAUAAAAGCCCAUUGUGUUGUUAUUGCGUCUAGGUGCGAUUGGUUUCGUAAAGCCCUGUUGAGUGGCAUGAAAGAAUCUAUUGAUAAAAAAAUAAUUAUUCAUGACACAAGCCCAAAUUUAUUCCGAAUUUUUCUUGAAUAUUUAUAUGGCAGUCAAGUUGAUACUGGUCAGCUAUCGACCGAACAAUUAGCUGACUUAAUGCAGCUCAGUGACAGAUAUGAGGUUGACUCUUUAAAACAAAUAUCUGAAGGUGCUCUUAAAACUCAUAUUGAUGAAGAUUCAGCUUUAUUUCUUCUCAGUAUAGCAGACCAGUUCAAUGCCAAAGAGCUAAGGACUUCAGCAUUAGAAUUCAUAGCUUUAAAUAAAGACAUAAUUAAAAGUGAAGUUUUUUAUGACCUUCCAGAAGAUUUACAAUCUGAAGUAGAAGAUAUGAUAACAUGGGUUGAACUUAGAAAUAAUCAACGUAGUGAAGAAAUAUCGGCUAAUCAAUUUCCAGAACCUGAUAGUCCAAGCUCAAUGUCAUCUAGUCUUUUAGAUAUUGAAGAACUAACAUCUGCAAUAAAUAUGUCAGGAAAAGAGGGUGAUCAGGAAUCAGAUUCCAGUUCUUUAGAAGACCUCCCAUUAACUCAUGAUUCCGCACAGUUGGAAGCUUGUGUUGCUCAGCUUCGAGAUAUCGUCGGUGAGACUGUUGCUCAUGAAGAACUCAUCAGAGUAUCUUUAGCCGCAGACUAUGACAUUAACAGAGCAUUAAAUUUCUUUUUUUCUUGAUUUAGUCAUUCAUUUUUUUUUCUUGUACUUCAUUGUAUCUUUAUUUUAUAAAGUAUGAAAAUAUUGAAUUUUUGAAUGUCUUUCAGCCCAAAACACAAGUCAUGUAUGCAUUGUAGUUUUUAUUUUUAAAGUUAAUCCUUCUAAACUGGAAGUAAAAGCUUGACGUUUCUUAUGAACGGAUCUGCUUCGUAAGUGAUAAAAUUUUCCUCGUCUGAUUUUUUUUUUUUUUCAUUUGCAGUUUGUAUUGUAAAUGUUUGAGCAUUUAACAUUGAGUAUUAAGCAUUGAUCAUUCAUUUAACCACAGAAACAUUAUGAUAGCCAAUAACAUUGAAAAUUACAAAAACCUCUUGUUAUAUCGUACUUGUGACAAGACAAAAAAAAAAACAGAAAACGUUUCGCAUGGAGGUAUGAAAAAGUAACAAUUCAUUUAAUGUGCAAAUAAAUGACAUGUGCACCUACAAAACAAAUAGUUUAUCACAUUAGAAUGGUUUUCUUAAUAAUCGCAAAGAAAUUAUAUUGUCAUUUGUUCUUUUAGUUAGAAAAAUUAAAUUAAAAUUCUUUUCAUUGUUUUUUCUGUGCUAUAAGAGUCCUGAGUAGUGAUUCCUAAACAGCUGUGAAAUAUGUGUAAAUUGAAAACAUCCUUCUUUUUUACAUUCAUCAAAAGAAAAAAAUACUUUUGCUGAGAAAAUAUGUUUUUUCUUAAAUUGCCUUAAAUUCAAAGCAGCUUCUUUUUUAGGUUUAAGUUUUUUCUGGAGAUGAAGAAAAAGCAUGAUACAAUGGAUGCCACUUAUAUGAAUCAUAUUUCUUCUUAACAGUUUUUAUUCCAUAAAGGCUGAUUCGCAAAAGCGGGAUUUUGUUCUGUUUUUGACGAUUUGAUUUCAUCAUAGUGGUUGAUACAAUUAACCACUGAUUUAAAAGCCUGCAUCCAGUCUAGCCAAAAAGACAAUAUAACAAGGCCGAUGUAACAAGGGGUUACUGUAUAGGUAGAUGUUAUCUCUAAAUACAUCAAAUAAGUUAAUUUUAAAAAAUUCUCGCAUUUGUGAUAUAUAUGUAUUUUUAUGAACAUAUAUACUACCACAUAUAUAUGUAUAUAGGCAGUGCUGUAGUUGAAAAAAGUAUUUUGGGGGGACUCGCAAAAUAAAAUGUGGUUUGAAACCAAUUGACAUUACAUUUGCAUAAUGUUUGCACCCUUCCCCAUUUUCCUCUCCAACUAAAGCUCUAGAUUAGCGAUGGCCAAUGGGUGACCAUUUCAUUGAAACUGGCUACCAAAAAAUCAAAAUCCAGUCGAAAAAAGUGGCGACUAUAUCCUUCUUUAUAUGUUAAAAUAAUAUUGCGCUGUGACAAUAUUUACAAUAAUUCUGCUUCUAUAGUUUACAAUAAGAUUAGAGGAUAGUACUUGGAAACUUCUUACUGUUGUCUUUUUUACUGAC